AUGCAGACGGCCUAUCGAGUCCUGCAGCAGCAUCCUCAAGUCCUCGGCAGCAGGAUCGCCAUGUUGGGCCUAUCACUUAGCACCAGUUUCACCCUCAAAAUGGCUGUGUACUCCCAAGCUAUAAAGCCUGUGGAAAAAGCUGAAAUGCUGCUGCUGUUUGUCUCUGAGCAGGUGGGGCAACUCCAGUGUCCUCUGUUGCUGGUUGUAGGUGAGGACGAUCAGAACUGGCCCACCUACGAGUCUGCAAUGGACAUGAAGGAAAUGAUGGAGCAGGCAGGGAAUAGCCACUUGCUGACUGUCCUGUCAUAUCCGAACGCCGGUCAUUUGAUUGAACCUCCGUACAUGCCGCUCUCCCGAGCAAGCACCUUCAUAUCAGUUGGCUCACAUAAGAGUGUGAUGGCUCUGUGGGGUGGAGAGACUGUGGCACAUUCUCGUGCACAGGAAGACGCCUGGAGGAAGACACUGGUGUUUCUGCGGGAGAAUCUGUACGGUGGCAUGAACCCUGUCGCAACUUUAUUUUGCAAUCUGUAA